AUGUAGAAAUACCAUCCUUGCUGGAUAAUCAGUCCAAAAUGCAGUAGCCAGACUGAUGGGAGAUUCAAACAUAUUUUCGACGCGCCUUCGUUAACUCCCUGUUAAUUUCUAUGCACUAUUCAAGGCGCUGGUCCUUACCUACAAAGACCUUAAUAGUUUUAGGACUUUGAGACUUGUCGGAACAUCUCUUCCGUAAAACAGCAACCCGUCCCACCUGCUCUUCGCAGUCCAUGUUGCUAAAAUUAGCUACACCGAAGGAAGCCAAAUGAGUAAGUAAGCAGAAGAAACUGCCCUUUCUCUGUGGCAGCUCCGUCUUUUUGGAAUAAACUUCCCACAGAGGCUGAGCAGGCUCCGUCCCCCCAAGUUUGUAAGAAGCAGGCUUCCUGUGCUUCUCUUGAGGCGACCAGACCCGGUCGUCUUCACAGCUUCUACGAUUUCCGACCAAGCGCUGGAGGACAAACCGGGACUUGCAUCACUAGAAAACAGCAGACAAGAGGAGAUAACAACAAACCUUUGGAACCGGCCAGCGAGCCGUAGCGCAUUGCUUACAUGAGACCAUGGAGCUGAACUAUAGCUUUCUGGUGGUCAUUUUAGAAAUCCUGAUCAUUCCUUUUCUCCUGUUGCUAGCGUGGGCCAUUUAUUAUGAUCUCUCCAAGUCAGAAAUUCCUCCUGGAAUUGACCAGCCGAUGAAGCUUCGUAUCCUUCACUGGCUCUUGAUUCUUUCAUCCUCUCUGGGGAAAAUUCUGGAGAACCUUUGCCUCUGCUCUGAGAUUCACUUCAUCCGCUACACCCAGGAAGGGAAAAGACGGGGCGAAGACCCUAAACUCCACAUUAAGGACCUCAUGUUUGAAGACAUUCCUGUGAGGAUUUAUCAGCCAAGAGGGUCAAAAGCGGAGCCAAGGAGAAGAGGGGUCAUCUUCUUCCACGGUGGAGGCUGGAUGUUUGGAAGCAUCAAUUCCUACGACCACGUGUGCCGUCACAUUUCCAAGGAAAGCGAUUCUGUGAUUGUGUCUGUUGGGUAUCAUUUGGCCCCCGAGCAGAAAUAUCCAUCCCAGUUUAAGGACUGUUUGACCGCCAGCAUCCACUUCAUGAAGACCGCAGAAGACUACGGAGUAGAUCCAGCACACAUUGUCAUCAGUGGGGACAGUGUUGGAGGGAAUUUGGCGGCCUCCGUCUGCCAAGCUUUAUCAAGUCGAAUGGAUCUCACAAAACCACGGGCUCAGAUUUUGAUCUACCCCGGCCUACAAGCCAUCGAUUUUAACUUGCCUUCAUACCAGCAAAACCAGGCGGUCCCCAUCUUGUACCGAGAACACGUCAUUGGUGCAGCCUUGCAAUAUCUCAACAAGGAUUUGUCGGUAUUGGAAAGUGUCAUGCAAGGGUGCCACGUCCCCAGCGACGUGAAAACAAGGUUCGGGAAAUGGAUCAACUCGGAGAACAUUCCAAAUGAGUUCAAGGCCAGAGGUUACAAACCGCAUUCCACGACGGCCUUCUUGAACGAUGUCUACGAGGUGGUCAAGCAGGCUCUGGAGACGACCUUCUCGCCCCUUAUGGCAGAAGACGCUGUUCUUCGCCAGCUUCCCAAGACUUGCAUCAUCACCUGCGAGUAUGAUGUUUUAAGGGAUGAUGGCAUUCUCUACAAGAAGCGCCUGGAAGAGAAUGGGGUGCCCGUCACUUGGUACCACAUCGAAAAUGGAUUCCACGGCGUGAUCAACCUGUUUGAUGGAUUCUUAUCAUUUCCCUCAGGCAAAAGGGGAAUGAACAGCAUUGUGUCAUUCCUAAAAAGCUUAUGAUAACAUUGGGGUUUUGACUAAAUGACCGCCUUUCCCUCUGGCUGCUCAGAGCUAAUGAAAACAACUUUAUUUGCCUCAGAAGGAUGAGGAGGAAGAGAUGAAUCAAUCCGUUUCUAGGACUACUUAAUUUGCUCAUGGUUUAUCUUUUAGUUUGUUCUAUCUAACUAUGCAAUUUUUUGAAAGAAAGUGGAUAUAUCAGCACACGUAUCUUAACUAGAGGGGGGAAAAAUUUCCACCUAUGAUUCGUUGCAAAGCUCACCUAUAUCUUCUUGCCAUCCUGAUUUCAAAUACUAUUGCAAAACACUGUUUUUUAA